CCCUCGGUGUGUCCCCUGCAGCUUGUUUCACCGGCCGUCCUGUAUUCCAGGAGGCCGGCAUCUUCAGUGUGGGCACCCAGCUGUGAUAGCUUGUGGCUUCACAUCCGGGUACCCACUGCGCAUGUGCGAGUAGCGCUGCGCUUCCCGAAUAGUUCUGUAGUCUUCUGGGACCUGUCAUGUGUCCCAAAAGACUACAGGGAGGGAGGACACCUUCUGAUUCCGAUUGCCUAGGCCACAGACUGGAAGUGGGAGCAGGUAUCUGUUAAAUUCAGAUAACCGCUCCCCAAAGGUGCAAUCCUUAAUGGGGAGUGGGGGAGCAGUCCUUAA